AUGUCGGAAAUCACAGUUACAAUAAAGUCUUCCGGAGAUAAGAAGUAUGAAGUUACUUUCCUCCCUUCAAUAAAGAUAUCCGAGUUAAAGGAGUUGGUGGCGGAGAAAUCGUCAAUCCCAGCAUCAAGUCAGCGAUUAAUCUACUCAGGUAAGGUGUUGAAAGAUACUGAAACAGCCGAGUUUUAUAAGAUUCAAAAUGCACACACUAUACAUUUGGUGAAAAGUGCCAACACUGCAUCUGCUCCAGCAGCAGCAGCAACAUCAGCAUCAGCAUCGGAUUCUUCAACAGCUCAGGCAACGGCGCAGACUCCCUCAUCAAAUAUCCCUUCAAAUAUUGCUGCAGGACAAGGUUCAUUCAAUCCUUUAGCUGACUUGACUGGUGCCCGCUAUGCUGGGUACACUCAAUUACCUUCGGCAUCCCUUUUUGGGCCUGAUGGGGGGAUGAAUUCCAAUUUGCCUGAUCCAGAACAACUCACCUCAAUGAUGUCAAACCCAAUGUUUCAGGAACAAUUAAAUGCAAUGUUGUCCAAUCCACAAAUGUUGGACUUUAUGAUUCAACAAAAUCCACAAUUGAGAGCAAUGGGACCUCAAGUUAGAGAGAUGAUGCAAAGUCCUAUGUUUAGACAAAUGAUGACCAACCCGGAAAUGUUGAGAUCAAUGAUGCAGAUGCAACAAGCCGGCGGUGCAAAUCCAUUUGGUGGACUUGGUGGGGCAGGAUCUGGAACUGACUCGUCAUUCCCUGCUCCAGGUGCCAACCCAACUGCCGAAGGACCUACAAGUGGGGACAACAACUCCGGAACUAACCAGCUGAGUGGAAAUACAGCUACUCAAGGCAAUGCAGCAUCGCAGGGCAAUCCUUUUGCUGGUUUAUUCCCUAAUGGUAUUCCACCUAUAGAUCCAGCUGCAUUGUUUGGUGGUGCUGGUGGUGCUGGCGGCAGCCCAUUCGGCCAGCCCAACGCUCCAGCCGAUAAUAGGCCUCCAGAGGAAAGGUACGAAUCUCAGUUAAGACAAUUGAAUGAUAUGGGGUUCUAUGAAUUUGAGAGGAAUAUAGAAGCUUUGAGAAGAACUGGAGGAAGUGUGCAAGGGGCUAUUGAGUACUUGUUAAAUAACUAA